GCCUCUGAAUCGGUAACUACUAGGUAAGGCUUUGUUAAGAAUCCCGGCGAUUCAUCACUACAGUUCCAACUUGAACCUCUGCCUUUACCACCUCUAGACUGCACCUAUAAACUGCACCGUCUGCUUGUCACAGCUCGCAAUUUACUUAGCAACAAACCACACCUAAAGACGCGAACUAAACCGACAAACUAGACCACACUAGGUACGGAGUUAGACACUCUCAACAUCACUACAGCUAAUAACUACGCUUCACAGGCUUCGCCGCGAAGUCUUGCUUCACUAGACAGCGCCUGCACCAAGUUACCUUUUGCUUAGCAACUAAGCGCAGUCAGGUUAUUGCGCUACAAAAUGAUCGGCUCCUGUUGUUUCCCGAUGCAGCAGUCCGGCUGCAAUGCUCCCGUUCUCUGCAUGCGUCAGUCCCUAGGCGAAGGGAUGCACUGCCUCUGCAAGCGGUGCAAAACGGUCGGCACUAUGGGAACAGCGCCGCCGAUCAUCAAUUUUGGAACGAUGACAGCCAGCUCGUGCUGUCAGCAUGACAGUUUUGUGAACGUGCCGCUCGAGAAGUGCAUUGCCCUGCGCAAUAUGCAAGACAACCUGCACACGCCCUGGGGGCCGUCUACCGUUGUCUACACGCAAACGCCGACCUGCGGCGCGACAGAGCAGUGCUGUCGCAAGAUGCCCAUGCCUGCGCCUCCGGUUAUCACGGCGCCUGCCACACAAACACAGACUGCACCUCACAAACACACCAGCACCAAUCUAAGUCGCUCCAACCACAGCCACGCCGUCUUUCCCGCAACGCCGGCAAGCUCAGCCGGCACCACUUCAGACAAACACACCAAGGCAGAAGAUGCGACGAUGUCGCAUGCCAAUCUGCCGGGGAGGAAUGAAGUAAAGCAGGUCAUUCGGGAGGCCUACCUGCUGAACACGAGAACCACCAGCAAGCAGGUCCAGAAGAUGCUGUGGAACAGAUUCCACAUUAGAGGACACCAGAUCCGCGGCAUCCUCCGCGACACGGUCGGGCAGUGCUUGUUGGCACUGCGCCCAAGAAAUCGACAGGGGCAACCUAAUGCACCGGCUCAAGGGGCUGCGCGAGAACGCAGCCCUCGACGCACCCAAAGAACUGCUGCCAGCCCUCCUGCUGGAUCGACCGUAGGUCAGAACACCGGCAGCACAAACUCGGGCAGAGCGGAGACGACCAAUACCGCGCCGGCGGUGGAUAAAACGGCGCCCGGCAACAACGUCGCCUCCAGCAGCGCAGCAGCUGCUUCAUCCUCCGCACCAGGACCAAGUACGGUAACCAUGCACAAGCCGACAUCUUCACAGCAAUCAAGUGGUGCCAGAAGCAACAACAUCAACAAAGCCGCAACAGCCCGCCCAGAACUGGCCGAUCUUCAGAAGCUUCUUGAUGAGUAUGACCCCUGGGUCGCUCCAGAAGAAAUAACGUCGCAGCUGUGGGUGCGGCUCCGCCUCCGCAGCCACGAUUGCAAGCGGCUCUUCGGGAAAACCAUCACGGAAUUCCUAGCGGAACGCCAAACGCAACCAACGGAGGCGGAAAAGCAAACUAUUCGGGACGUCGCAAAGUCUAUCCUCGACCAACAGCCCGGCUUGCCGCAAAUCGAGUGGUUACAAGAAAUCGAGAAAGUCACGAAAGCCAAGCCGCAACUGGUGAAGCUCGCACAUGGUUGCCGCGUGGACCAGCUUUACCGCAAACUGACCAACCAGCAGUUCCUGAAGUCGGCAGGCGUGGGCAACCAGCUGAACGCGAAGGAACCGUGCACGGGGUACCAGCGGACGGGAGUCUGCCCCAAGGGGGGGCCGCCUGCCUGCAGCAAGGACCACAAUGUUCCUCUCCUGCUCGCUAAGCCGGGCGUGGCUACGCAACCGGUAGGCGACCUCCUCGACGGCCAGCAACUUCCGACGGCGGGCUUAUCGAAGAAGGGGAAAACAAUCUUCGCAAGCGAAAAAGUUGCCAGCGCAGCCGCGGAUCGAGCUGCCGCUUCCGGCGCGGCCAGCAGCACAAGCGCAGCCGCCACCGGGGGCGCCGCACAUGCUGAGAAGGCGUACCUCAUCUGCGCCAGCGACACAGUGCACUACAACAGCAUUGACGCGCUGUAUGAGCUCCACGUCCGGGAGGGUGGACAGAUGAACAAAGAAACCUUCAGCACGAAGGUGGAGGCCGGCAUUAAGGAAACGGCCCACCCGAAGUCGGCAAGGACGUCCGACGUCGAACUACAGGGGGCGGCGCACGCUCUCGGCGUCACGAUCCGUUUCUGGGGAGCGGUAGGGGGAGGUGUGUUUGACGACUCACAGCGGAAAUACGACCGAUCCACCUGCGACGUGAAGAUCAUUGCACCGAAAGACCGGGGUUUGCUCGGCGCAGCAUAUCAGAUUCUCAUUCUCCCGAACGGGAGACUGCGGGCUCUUCUGUGA